AUUUGUGUAAAUUGAAAAACACAACUCCAAUAUUUUCCGAAAGCAAAAAAUACAUCAACCAUUACAAUAAAAUAGAAGAUAUGGGAUUAUAUACAUAUCAUCAUAAAAAACAAGAAAAGGUAAAAUAUAAAUGGAUCUUUAUUAAUCAACUUUUAAGUUAACAAGUUAACUGGAUGGUGAAUUACACAGUUUUUGUAUUUUGGGAAACCAAGGAGUUUGUAAACUACACAGUUUCUGUUUACAGUUUUACCAUGUUUUCGUGAGGUAACACUUAGCAGAUACAUGUUCAUAUUUUACAUGUGUAAUGUACUGUACAUUCAUAUUAUGAAUGUAAAGAACAUGUCUGAUAUUUAUGUUUUGCGGAAGUCUAAUCAAAUGUACAUAUAUUAAGUACAAAUUCAAUAUUUUUUAGCUUAAACAACAUCCUAUAUAAACAGUUCCAGCAUAACGAUUGUUAACUAUUUAUUCUAUAUUACAAUGAAGGUAUUAACUAAGUAAUUUGUUUAAAUUUUAACAAGUACAAUUAAAACAUUUGUUUUCUAAUGUAUCACUGUUACCAACUACCUGUACAUACCUUGACAUCAAGAGAUAAACUGUUUUCAAGGUAAUAUCUAGUCACUUCCACAAAUGAUUAAAUGUUAUGUCAUAUUUUAUCUAAUAGAAAAGUUUAAAAAAAACAACGCAUGCUGUUGAAGAUUAACCUGUUUUCCUGUACCAUGAACUAGAUUUAUUCUCUGUUAUCAUCUGGUCCUGAUAGUACAAAUAUUGGCUAUGUAUUAUUAGCUCCUGACGACACGAGUACAACCAAACAACACAGUAACAACCAUUCCGAUAAGGCUUUCUGAUUAGAACGAUACACAACCAUUUUCAGGAGACAGCCAGGAUACUGGUGGCAGCCCUGCUGUCAGCAUGAAGACAGAGGAUAUUGAAUUAGGAAAUACCAAGCCAGGUCAACAGGGGAAUGUAUCCUCACCCAGUCAACAUGGUAACAAAACAGGUAGUACUACAGCAACAUCACUUGGUAACAAGGCCAACAAAUCAUCUCUGUCAAACAGGUCAAAUAGGGACAAUAAAGACACAGAGUCAAAGAUCUCUGGAGAUGGAAAGGCAGAACAUGACCCCGAUAUCAUUGAGGAAAUCACAAAAUUGGGGCACUGUGCCAAACUUAGACACAAUUUCUGCUUCAAAACUUUUGUAUUUUUUGUGGUUAUGGUCCUGAAUGCAGUGGACAUGAUAGCUGAUUGGUUACUGUUUCGAGACGUCUUUGAGACGGAGGAAGGCCUUGUGUACGGGCCUCCAGACAAAGCUAUUACCUACUCAUUACUGGCAUUCUCCAUUAUUGGAACACUGACAUUUCUAUUUGAGGUAGUAAAUCUAUGGUGGGAGAUAUAUCGGGAGAAUCCGUGGAUUAAUGCUGAUCUCGCUUCGGCAGUGACAAUCUGGAUUGAAGAUGUACCACAGAUUAUCAUCAACCUUUUCAUUGCACUGUGUCGUGAUGAGGCCAUCAGUUACUUCCAGUUGGUGAAAGCUUCUGUUAUCAUUGCCAGCAUCAUCAUCAGAAUCAUUGUAAGUCUUAUACAUUACUGCAAUAAGAAGAACCUAGCCGAACUGAAAGACCACACAAAAACAUCAUGUCGUCAUGUGACCUAUCGCUUCCUCAUUAUGAUUGGACUGAUAGGUGUCUUCUCCUGUUCCAUAGCCAUUUUCUUUCUUACACAGUUUGAGAGAACUGAAGAGGGGAAAAUAAAAUUCAAUCUGCCUAAGACUGCGUUUGAAGGACUGUAUGAUGAGGAACGCUACUUCGAGAAUGUCAGCAUGUACUUACAUCAUCCCCUUAUCGACUUUGACAAUGGCAGCCUUGACAACAAUGAUGUAAACUGGAUACGACUCAUCAGUCUGUAUGAUGUGAGGGAGAAAAAUACAGAGGUGUUCAAACUUGAAUAUGACCAGACCAAAACCAAAAUAGUGAUAUGGCAGACUAACUCCUCGGGUACGUUAGUUAUCAGUGACUGCUACACACUGGAUCGAACAGCCAAGAGAGUAACUCGGGCCUCUUCUUGUGCUUCACAUAUCAAUGGGCAAAAAUCUGCUUUCAUUUUUAAAUUUGAAUUUCUCCAGAAGAAAAUACCUAAUUUGAUAUUUGGAGAUGUAAGAUUCAAUUUAGUUGUGAAAGAGAAUGGAAGAUGUCAUCCGCCAUCCACAUCCUUGGUGACCAAACUACGUGACCGUAGAGACAAAUCCACCAACCAAAUACACCCAGUCAUCCAUUAUUACCGCACGAACAACGUUAACGAGGACCAUCAUUUACUGUGGACCAGCGGGGCUAAUGGGGCCAGGUUUUACAGGAACCAGGCAGACUUGAUAGACAUCGCUACAGUGUGGAGGACAGGGUUUGCCUACUGUGAUAGUACAGGCAGUCUGGCCCCGCACAUGUACACAGGGAUGAGUGUUGACUGUAAUAUUUAACAUAACAGUACUCUCUGGCCCUGCAUAUGCACACAGGGAUAAGUGUUGACUGUAAUAUUUAGGAUAACAGAACUCUCUGGCCCUGCACAUGUACACAGGGAUAAGUGUUGACUAUAAUAUUUAGGAUAAUAGUACUCUCUGGCCCUGCACAUGUACACAGGGAUAAGUGUUGACUAUAAUAUUUAGGAUAAUAGUACUCUCUGGCCCUGCACAUGUACACAGGGAUAAGUGUUGACUGUAAUAUUUAAGAUAAUAGUACUCUCUGGCCCUGCACAUGUACACAGGAAUAAGUGUUGACUGUAAUAUUUAGGAUAAUAGUACUCUCUGGCCCUGCACAUGCACACAGGGAUAAGUGUUGACUGUAAUAUUUAGGAUAACAGAACUCUCUGGCCCUGCACAUGUACACAGGAAUAAGUGUUGACUGUAAUAUUUAAGAUAAUAGUACUCUCUGGCCCUGCACAUGUACACAGGGAUAAAUGAUGACUGUGAUGUUUAAGAUAACAGAACUAUCUGGCUGUGCACAUGUACAUUGGGAUAAUUGUUGACUGUAAUGUGCAAUAGUACUCUCUGGCCCUGGCUGUACACAGAAGACGACUUGGGUUUUUUGCAUAAAAAGUUUUCCUGAUACUUCA